AUGGCUUCCUCUUCCAGAAAACGCCCCAAAACCCUAAACCCCCAUUCCUCUUCUUCUCCUUCAUCAUUUUCGCAAUACUCCAUUCCCGAACCUUCUCCCGGCUUCUUCCCAUCGUCAAUUUCCGAGUUUUCAAGGCUCAUAGCCGUCGUCACGAUCGCAGCCUCCGUCGCCUUGUUUUGCAACUAUUUAGUCACUUAUUUCAAUCAACAGCCUAAGCCCUUCUGCGAUAGCGGUGUUGAUGUCGGCGAUUUUCUCUCUGGUGUAGAUAAUUGUGAACCUUGUCCGAGUAAUGGAAUAUGUAAAGAUGGAAAUCUGGAAUGUGAACGUGGCUACAGAAAGCAGGGGAAUUUAUGCAUCGAGGACAGAGAUAUUAAUGCAGCAGCAAUGAAAAUUUCAGAGUUGGUGGAAGUUCGCUUGUGUGAAGCUUAUGCCAAAUAUUUGUGCAGCGGUAUUGGCACCAUUUGGGUGCAAAAGGAUGAUUUGUCAACCUAUAUUGUUGAACAUCGUGUGAUGGAAGAUUAUGGCUUGGAUCAAUAUGCAUAUGCUCAUGCAAAACUGAGAGCAAUGGAGACUAUUCACAAGUUGAUGGACAGAAGAGGUUAUACUAGUGGAUCUGAUGAGUUCAAGUGUCCUGAUUCUUUAGUGGAACAUUACAAACCUAUCACCUGUCGCAUCCACCAAUGGGUUCUCGACCAUGCUUUACUUUUGGUGCCAGUUUGUGCAGUGCUUGUGGGAAGCAUAUUGAUACUGUUAAAAGCCCUCCGGAGACAUUACUUGUUAACUAGAGCUGAGGAGAUCUAUAACAAGGUUUGCGACUUACUUGAAGAGAAUGCGUUGAUCUCAAGGAGCAUAGAUGGUGAGGGUGAACCAUGGGUAGUUGCCUCUUGGUUACGAGAUUAUCUUCUUUCACCCAGAGAGAGGAAGGACCCCCUCCUAUGGAGAAAGGUUGAGGAGUUGGUUCAAGAUGAUUCUCGUUUGGAUCGCUAUCCAAAGAUGGUAAAGGGUGAAGCUAAGAUAGUAUGGGAAUGGCAAGGCUCUGCCAUUGAGUGGAAAUCAACCUGGAUGAACUUAUGA